GGAGACCGGGCGGCGGCGGCGGCGGUGGCGGUGGCGGUGGCGGCGCCGACAUGGCCGCGCUGGUGGAGCCGCUGGGGCUGGAGCGGGACGUGUCUCGGGCCGUGGAGCUGCUGGAGCGGCUGCAGCGCAGCGGGGAGCUGCCCCCGCAGAAGCUGCAGGCGCUGCAGCGAGUCCUGCAGAGCCGCUUCUGCUCCGCCAUCCGCGAGGUGUACGAGCAGCUCUAUGACACCCUGGACAUCACCGGCAGCGCCGAGAUCCGCGCCCACGCCACGGCCAAGGCCACUGUAGCAGCCUUCACAGCAAGUGAGGGCCACGCACAUCCCAGGGGUGUGGAGCUGCCCAAAACAGAUGAAGGCCUGGGCUUCAACAUCAUGGGGGGCAAGGAGCAGAACUCGCCCAUCUACAUCUCUCGAGUCAUCCCCGGGGGUGUGGCUGACCGCCAUGGCGGCCUGAAGCGCGGGGACCAGCUGCUGUCCGUGAAUGGCGUGAGCGUGGAGGGGGAGCAGCACGAGAAGGCCGUGGAGCUGCUGAAGGCGGCCCAGGGCUCGGUGAAACUAGUGGUGCGGUACACACCCCGCGUGCUGGAGGAAAUGGAGGCGCGCUUCGAAAAGAUGCGCUCGGCCCGCCGGCGCCAGCAGCACCAGAGUUACUCGUCCCUGGAAUCUCGAGGUUGACGGCGUCGGCCAAUCUCCUCCGACCUCCCCUCUGUCCUGUCCCUCUACAGUAUUUAUUCUCUAGCUCCUUAUUUAAAGAUCUUUGGACCCUCA